CCAAUCAAGUUUGAGCCAAACUGAGAUCCCGGCAAAAGGGAAGGCAAGACUGGGACUGGGCCUCGGCGCAGGGCCGUAACGCGGGCAUAGAAUUUCGCGGGGUGAGAAAGCCAAGUAGAGAGUGAACCUGCAGUUAGCUCGCGCUCCUCCGCCAUAAGAUGAGCUCCAAGGGCAAGAAACGCGUGGUGCUGCCCACGCGCCCCGCACCUCCCACAGUGGAGCAGAUCCUGGAGGACGUGCGAGGGGCGCCCGCCCACGAUCCUGUUUUUACCGCCCUGGCCCCAGAAGACCCCCCAGAUUCAUCCCCAAGGGCCGAGGACCCUGAAGGGCAGCAUGAGCAGAUCUACCAGCAGAGCCGGGCCUAUGUGGCCAUGAAUGAGAAGCUUCGGCAGGCGAAGGACACACUGAGGCAGAAGUUCGAGGACCUUCGGCAGGCUGGUCAGAGGCUAGAGCGGGAUGUCAGCCAGGUGACCUCAGCCACCUCCUAGAGCCAAGGACACCUGAGGCCCUCCAUCCAUGGCCAGGCACCUAGCUGUCAGCCGGAGGCUCUGGGUCAACAUCUGCUGCCCAGCAUUGGACUGAGGGGUCCCAGUGGCCCACUCAAUAGGCUUUGGGUCUUGGUUCCCUCUAUUUUGUGGUGGGGCUUAGUUAUGUGGCUACCUCCUUAUUCAUGGGGGCACUAUUCUGAAUUGAAUCUAAGAGUUGGCUGCCCCAGGGUGACCAGCCCUCCA